CUGCCUUGGAGUGUUCUCUGAUUGGCUAGAGAUGACAUCAACCUGAGUUAUUUUUAACACUCCCCCCCAGCCUCCCCCUUCCCAUUACCUCAUCCUCUCUGCUGGCUCCAGUCAUCAUAACAAUAUAGUACAUAGCACCUGGGACUAUCUGGUACCUCCUAGCUCUGCUGGCUGGCUGUCUGUCUGUCCUGCUGCAGGUGCUGCUGCAAGCACAGGGCUGCUUCACUUUCUCUUGUUGGAGGCUUCCAGAGGGGCUAACAAGGUAGGAUUCUGUUACUAUGUAUCUGUGUAUUCUGUCUCAGUUCAUGUUUGCUGCAGAUCUGUCACACCGCGAAUAAUAUUGGGAUCCAGAUCAAUACAUGGAGUCAGAUCUCAGCAUCCUCUGCUAGGAUUGCAGGACUCCCUGAGAAUGUGGCUAUAAAAUCAGAAUUCAGUGUGCACAUUCUUGUUAGGAGAAUGAUCUUGCAUAUCUAGAAUCCUGCACCAUUCCAGCCUGUAGAAGCCAGCAGCUGUCAUCAGAUCUCCUCUCCCCAUUCUCCAUAGGAUUGCAAGAUGCAUGCAUAGGGGCUCAGUGGGCAUAUGGCUCUAGAUGGGGAGAAUUCAAUAUAUAGAGCCCAUCGUAUCCAGAAUGCAUUAUAUAGAGCCCUGCAUGCAGAAUGGAGUACAGUAUAUAGAGCCCUGCAUGCAGAAUGCAUUAUAUAGAGCCCUGCAUGCAGAAUGGAGUACAGUAUAUAGAGCCCUGCAUUCAGAAUGGAGUGCAGUAUAUAGAGCCCCGCAUGCAGAAUGCAGUAUAUAGAGUCCAUCUUAUCCAGAAUGCAGUAUACAGAGCCCAUAUUAUUUAAAAUGCAGUAUGUAGUGCCCUGCUCAGUGUAGAGCCCAUUUAUCUAAAAUGCAGUAUAUAGAGCCCAUAUUGUACAGAAUGCAGUAUACAGAGCCCAUUUAUCUAGAAUGCAGUAUAUAGAGCCCAUAGUGUACAGAAUGCAGUAUACAGAGCCCAUGUAUCUAGAAUGCAGUAUAUAGAGCCCAUUUAUCUAGAAUGCAGUAUACAGAGCCCAUUUAUCUAGAAUGCAGUAUACAGAGCCCAUCUUGUCCAGAAUGCAGUAUACCGAGCCCAUUUUACCCUGCACAAUCCCUGCUCUCCCAAGCCAGCUGGGAAAGGCUGCCAUGCAUGCAGCUGUUGGUAUCUAGGUUCUGACAGGGGGUCUCUCCAUUGACAAUGAGAGCCCAGGGAGUGCAGGAGUCAGCAUGGGCUCUGCUGCAGACUUGAAGCCAUAAAUCACAAUAUUGCUCUGUUUUGCCUUUCUGUGUCCAUGUCUGCAGCUCCUGUUCCCUCCAUUUUUUUAUUCCCCUUUACAUGUCUUUCCUCUCACAUUGCAUUCUUGCUAACCGCUCCCCACAUUUUUUACCCUUCCCUGCUUCCUGUGCCUGGCUGCAGUCUUGGAGUUUUAUUUCUGGCAGGAGAAGCAGGGCUGGGGGUGAAUUAAAGUCACGGUGUUGGUACUAGUCCAUUAAUGGCAGAUAGAAAUGCUGUAUACAGAGCUACUUGGACUUCUUAUUAGGAAUACUCUUUUUUUUUGGUUGUGCAGGUAGGUACAUUUUAACAUCAAAUGCCACAACAGCGUGCAUAUAUGUUAAUAGGAUUGACAGUGGCAUGGGAAGUUGCACAUUUUUAUAAUUAUGUAUUUAAGCUUAACGUAACAUGUGAUGUUCAAAGAUAACGUUAAAUAUGCAUAUAACUGAAGAAUGUAUUACAAGAGCAUUAUAUGUUUUAAGCAGGCAAGAUUCCCAACAUAUAGCGCAGAUAAGCGAGGAUUGUAGACUUAGUCAGAUUGUAUUUAGCUAUAUAUCAGAGAAUUUAUAAUGUUGAAAACAUGUUAGACUGUAAUGCUAAAUUGCAAUGUUAAACUGGUGAGCUGUAAACCACCAGGCAAACACGUUAAUAGAGGUGAGAUAUCUCCCAACCGUACAUGCUGGUAGCCUGGCUGUUAUCAGGUCAAAUUAUGUAAUGACAUGUAAUUAGCCGGCAUAGCUGUAUCUGUACAAUUGAAUAAUAAAACGAAAAGGGAAGAACAAAAAAUAAAAAUAAUACUGCUUCUCUUUGUAGCAAGCUUGUGUCGGGCUAGAAUCACCCUCACAAGCCAGCAGCAUACAUAAGGGCUAACACUUGUGAUCGUCAUUGGGGCAGUUAAUGUCCAGGGUGUAGUGCCUGCUUAUGAGUACUUCUCUUAGCGAUCACACUGUCCCAGGGUAGGUCUGAUCCUCAGCCUAUUCCCAAUCUGGGCGAGUGCAGCAGGUCUGUGCUGAGGUGCUGAAAAAUUUGGGCGCAGUCCGGUGGGCCCGCAUAUUCUUUUGCUUGUGUGCGCUGUGGUAGGUUUCCCUUCCAUCUCCAGGUAUGGGUGUAUGCCAGCGUUUGGGGUCCAGGGUUUCGGGACAGUCUGGUAGCUAAGCCUGCUCCCCUGCCGGGAUGGCCGUAGGAGCUUGGUGGAGGGUGGUUGCUCCUACUGGAGAUUUUCAGCCGGUUUGGUCAGCGUCUACCUGUUGUGCCUCGGGAGGUUCUCAGCCUGUGAUGGCGGUUUGUCGCUAGAGUGUGGGUAGGAGGUUCUUUGCCCACAGGUGAUUUCCCCUGCUUCAGCACUGCGCGGUUUCUAACCUCUGGUAUGGGCUGUUGUUUUAGCUGCUGUGUUCUGGCUUGCAAUUUGGCCCAGAAGGCAUUGAAGAUUUCAUCCAGGCGCUGCUUGCCUUGUUCGAUGUAACUGUGAGCGGUUUGCUGCAUGAGGCCCAGGCCCCACGUGUUGCAAGGGGAGGCUGUCGCCAUUUUGGGUAAAGAGAGAUGCAGCGGUGCGUCUCGGCUUUGAAGCCAGAUGCUAGGGUGGUGGGCUUUAAUCCAAGCGUGAUCAGCUAGGACUGGGAUAACCCCCACCAGUCCAAGGGGGGAAACGGGGUUCGAGUAGCCGCAGAGUCUGCUUAGUUACCGAUGGGGAGGUCGGCCAACCCUCCCGGUCAGUUUCUGAGAGGCCGCUCGUACCGAGUCAGUUCUUUGGUCCCUCAGUGCGCUCUAGUGUCGCGGAGUAUAGCCGGCUCGUUCUCUGCACCCUCAGACCUCGGUCUGUAGUUUCUGUGGUCGGCAGUAAGCUGUAUUUCAGCGAUUUUAGGUAGAUUGUGUGGAGAGCUCACCGACCGUGCGUCCGCUCAGCUUGGCGGUUAAGCCCCGCCCCUAGGAAUACUCUUUUUUAUUAAAUGAACCCUAACACACUACACAUUAACCCCACACUACCUUAACACAACACACAUUAACCUCCACACUAACAUACUACGUAUUACCUCACACUACCCUAACACACUACACAUUAACCCCACACUACCCUAUCACAACGCACAUUAGCCUCCACACUAACAUACUGCGUAUUACCUCACACUACCCUAACACACUACACAUUAACCCCACACAGCCCUAACACAACACCCAUUAACCUCCACACAACCCUAACACAACACACAUUAACCCCGACACUACCCUAACGCUAUCACUAACCGUUAAUCUCUUCACUACCUUAAUACUUACACUAAUACUAAUCCUAACCUAAAAAUAUCACGUAAUAUAAAAGAUACAUAACGGUGGAGUGCGUAUUAUGAUUCAGAAACCAAUUGAUUGUCUCGUGAUUUAUUGUGGUGUCUCCAGAUUACAUCAGUGGCAUUUUUGUCCCAUAAUAUUCUGUUCACCAUUAUGUAUUAUUUAUGUAUAUAUAUAUAUUAUGUAUGUUCUUUGUAUCAGUUUGGUGAAUAAAUGGCAGUAAUGCACUGAAGAAUAGGAUUGUGGUUUAUUAUCAAGCUCUGUGGCUGUUUUGCUCCCCCCACCCCAGGCCAGUGGUAAACAUAGGGUUAAUGGGGAUCUUAGAACAGUUUGUGUAAAGGCCUCAGUGUAGCAUUUAACCCCUUUAAAUCUGGGCCUCCCUGCAAAUCCAUUUAGCAUGGGUAGGUGGCCUUGCAGCAGGCAGUAAAAUUCUUGCAUAACUAUGAUUUGCAGGAAACAAAAUGCCAAUGAAAGUACUGUGUCCUCUAGACAAAGCCUGCUUUGUUCUUUACAAAUUAGUAUUUAUUUAUUUAUAGGAUUUUCUUAUUUUACUUGGCAGGAUAACGUAGUGUAACGCUGACGUGCGAGGUUCCGAAUACUGCAGGGUUUGCAAUGAAAUAAUGGGUGUUUAUUAUUAAAAUUAAAUUAUUCAAUUGUAAUGGCAGAAAGUGUAAGAAGUGUGAGUCGGCGAUCCAGAUUUCAGGGCUCUAUUGAAACAUAUUUCAGAGCUAAUAAGUCAUUUCUUUGGCAUCCGAUUACAUCAUGAGAUAACUAACCCAUGGGGUUUUUUUUUUUGCAUGACCUCAUUCCCUGAUGUUUUUCAUCUAUGACCUAAUAGCCAUACCAAAGAAGGCUGUUCUUGGCUGCUCGGUUAUCUAUAGUGCCAGCACUCAUACAGUACAAAAUAGAUUCGUAAUUCAGAACGAACGACAUUACAUAAUACAGUUCAAAUGGCAGCAGCUCAUCCAUAUACGUACAAAUAAUGUCUUUUUGAAAGAAACAAAUUUGUCAUUCCAACAAUUGUGGGGGUUUUCUGUUUUUUGUUGUUACUUUGAGAGCAUAUUUUUUUUUUUUUUUAUUGAUCUUGUUUUGAUUUUCUAAUAACGAUAAAGUAAAAACAGUUGGUUUUUUUUUUUAUAAAUAAUCGUAAAAUGUGAUUACACUUACAUCUUAAAUUACUGGUAAAAUUUCAAGUGUUCUAAAAGCUAUAUCUAAAUCGGUGUUUAUAAUACUAAGAAGACCAUUAAUUAUACAAUGUAGUUACACCCCUAGUGGUGUGCUGGGUUGAUAUAUUUUCUAAAAGCUGUAUUUAGAAUUGCUGGAGCAUGUGCCCAGCUCUGAGUCAUUGCUAUAUAAAUAGUAUUUCAUUUGUGCUAAUACAAUUUAUGAAGGAAAUCGGCACAGUAUAUUUGCAAAACAGGCUACGAGUCAAACUGUUUUACUGUUAAAUCACUUUCAUCUAUUUAAAAAAAAAAAAAAAAGAACUUAAAUCUAAAAAUUCAAACUACUAUUCUAAAUAUUAUAUAACCAUUUUCUGUUUUUUUUUGUUUAGUUUAACGCAAUUAUCUAACACUGUGGUUGAAUAGAUAUUCUCAUUAAAUGAGGAAUUCUGCGAUAUUACCUUAAAUAGCAUAUGAAUGAAUUACUUUAAAGGCUUUGAUAAAUGGGGGAUGUCAGAUUUCAAGGAAAGUCCCUUAGAUACAGCAUACUUCCUGCAAAAUGUGCUGAGUGAGAAAAGUGAAUGUAUUAUCUUAUAAAAUAUUAAUAAAGAUGCAUUCAUUGCAGACAUCACUCACAAUUAGGAAUGAGCAGUGCGUCUCUUUGAAAGCCUUUAAAUACUCUAUCCAAAAUCAAUGAUUGUUCUGUAGGUAAAGUGAGUUCAGCGAUAAGAAUUUAACUUAUUUUGUAAUGUCUCUUUUGAUCUUUCUGUUUUCUAACAACUCAUUUGAGCAAUUCCUUCCUACCUUACAUUGAAUUAACUCCAAAUAAACAUUUUCACAUCCCGAAAUCCGUGUUUUUACACUCGGUAGAGAAAUCAAUGUGUAUGGUGGCAAAAACCUUUUGCCCAGUUGAGAGAAAAAACGAAAAAAAUAUUAGAGUCAACAAAAGUGCAAAAUGUUAAAUGAAUAUUUUUCGCCCAUCCCUAUUUCUGAAUAGAAAAAUAUGUUUGCACAUUUUUCAACGUGUUCAGGAGCUUUCAUGUUUAAAAAGAGAAAAUUAUUUCUCACAAUAAAAAUGAGCUAAAAAACCCCACCAACAAAACACUAUUUUAGGCAUUAACCAUAAAGUCCUGGCUAUUGUUGACUUUGUCCAACAACUGUCUAACUUUUAUUUUCAGUUAGAUAUAUAAUUGUCAUGAUGGAAAACGUGGAAGCUAUAAUAUUUGUAUUAUUCUUAUAAAUGUAGGAAUUUAUUCAUUGGUUGAGGGAGCUCCCAUUCGUUGUAAAUGGACUGCCAUCCUUAUCUUUUAAGAAUUUAUGUACAGCAGAUCUAUGGUGCGCAUGUGAAGAGUUGUGCGCAUGUGAUUUAUUUCCUCUUUAGGCACUAAGUGUUGGGAAUAUAUUAUCAGGCAUGAAAGGAAUAUCAGAUGACACCAGUGCCUCAUUCUUUAAAAAUUAAGAGGCUUGGAGCCCAUGAAUGAGUGGUCUAGUGCAGCAAUGCAUUACCUCAGCCAUCAGCAGAAUUAUGUUCAGUGAAUUUGUGCUCCCCUGAGACACCCCGCGCCAAUAGCUGUUCUUUAAUGGCGCAGGGUAGAAGGAGAAGACAGGAAUAAUCAAACGCAGAUUUAAAAGAAAACAGAGAAUGUUUUAGAUUAAUGAAUUGAUGUGUUUGGUUUGUUCAGUUCCCCUGAUUAAAACAAACAGACAAUCUCCCAGCGUUGUCCUUAAAUCAAGGUCAUUUAAUGAGUGAGAACACCAACUUGCUCUUGGCUGAUGUUGAAAGUAUUGUUUUUCGGAUGUCUACAGAAGAUAUGUAUUUUUGACUACAACAUGAAAUGCAUAGAUACGUGGUGGGAAUAAAAAAAAUAAGGUCUUUACUGAUUUGGUUACAUUUUCUCCAGACCCUAUUACAGUGAUAACUAACUUGGCCGGUCAUCUUGAGAAGCAUAGUCUUUUUAUACACUCAUAAUUAUUACCAAUGACCCAAAAAUGUGCUUAAUAAAAGCCAUCCAAUAAAUUAUAAUAACAAAAUGGACGACCCAGUCCUGGCAAACAGUUGAAUCAUUUUGAACCUCAGGAAGAGAUGCAGAGUGCCCUCGUUUUUUGUGGUUCUGAAAACAGAUACUCAAGCUAUACCAAUAGUCUAGGUUUGGUCAGUAUCCCCAUUGAAACUGAAGUGAAAGAUGCCUAAUUCUUGGACUGUUGGUGUGUCGUGAGGAGUGGUUGCCCACCACUGCCCUAUGAUGUGUGUAAGAUAUAUAUCACCUUGAUUUCAAGUCUGAAAUAAUAUUUACUCAGUGCAGGUCUUUUACACUUGUUUAUGUUGAGGAAACCCAGUGUAAUCACAUAGUUGGUAAAGAAUGAACCCCAAGAGAGGGGCAGCUGCUUACUCUUAUAACCCAUGGGAAGGGAGUGUUGUUGAAUAUGUAUGGCUCUUGAGCAUGAAAGAAUUAACUUUUUACUUUUCUCACCUUUGUGUAUAUAUUAAAAUAUAUCAUCUGCAGAGCAUGUUAUCUCCAUAACUCUAUAUCUUCCUAUCUUGUCUUCCCAAAGACCGUCCAGAAUGGGUGGAGAGAGGAAGCCUCCGCAAGCUAUGCAAGCCCAGAAACUGGCCGGAAUUUUGCGGGAGGAUAGUGAAGGGGUGUUGGUGAUUGACUGUCGCUCGUUUAACGAAUACAACAACCUUCACGUGAUGGGUUCUGUGAAUCUCUGCGGCUCCAAGCUAGCCCGCAAACGUCUCCUCAAGGAACUGUUAGUGCUGCCCCGUCAUCCCAAGGUCAGCAUUCGAAGACACAAGACUUAAUAGAUGCUGCUGGUCAUGUUACUACUAUAACUGUCUGAUUCAAUGUCGUUAUGACAUCCACGGGGUUUAUUCACUAAAUAUUUAUUCGCCAUGCGUGGACUACCAAAUCACAAAAUGUAAUGAAAACUAACCAAGAUCGAUGAUUUCUUGCAUGGUGGAAAUGGCCUCAAUUUUCCUACUGGGUUAUCAAUUCUCCAUGAUUAACUUUUUAGUGAAUAGACCGCAUAUAUUGUCCCCAAAAUAUAUUUAGAUUACACAAAUUAUGUUUCAUAAAUAACUUUCCAAGCUUAGUAAUCUGUUGAGACAGACUGUAUGUAUCUAUAUGUAGUUAAAGUAUAUCUUCCAGCCUGGGGCUGAUUGUGAUUAAUAGGAGUUGUUAUGGCCUGUUUCAACUGAUUGAAAAAAAUAGACUGGUUUACUUGUUCUCCCGCUCCCCAGGCUGUUACUGUGUGAUAACUCCCUUCACCCCCACUAGAUUCAUGCUGAGAGUGAUGGGAGUUGUAUUCUGGCAAAAAUAGAAAAGCUGCAUAGCCACUAGAGAGGGAAAUGCCGUUUAAAUCGGUGAUGCUUACAAACAUAAAACGUGCAUAAUUCAGCACUAUAAUCAAUAAAAUGCAGACAGCUGUCUGCCGUAUUCAUUUUUACAUGACGCAACCUCAAAAAUGCAUUUUUUAUAAGCCACCAUGCUUAAACAAGCAAUGUCGUCACCCUAAGGGUGAUUAGUCAGUGCUAGCACAGUUAAUCCCUUAAUGUCCAGUGACAUUGUAUGCGUAUUAGGGUGGAUUUUCCUUACCCAAUGUCAUGAAGGGGUUAAGGUUCCCACUGUAUCCUGCGGGCAAUAUAAUGCACACCUUCUAUAUACAUUAUCGAUAAAAUCUAAAAGGUGUAGAGACGUAAUGACCCAUAUGGCCACUUCAGACAUUUCUCAUGAUAUAGGAAAAUGUAAUUUUCCCCCUGAGGCUGUUUGAGCUAAGCAUCAUGGUAAAUGUAGUUCCCAAGCCUCUGCAGUGCCAUGUUUACCUUUCACUGAGUUAACCUCAUCAGGUGCACAGAUGUUUGGGAAACAUCCCUGGCAGCCAAGUUCACACAAUCUGUUUAUUAAACAAAUAGUAACAUGAAGCCAUUGUAAUAGUACUGCAUUGAGUAUCAUCUCAAUAUCACUAAAUCCUCAUGCAAGGUUUAUUCAUGCAUGGAAGGGUUUAUAAAUGACGGCUCUGGGUUUUUCCAGACAGAGUCAACUACAGGUUACUCUAGUGCUUGUCCCCUGCUAGGCACUCCCUAUUGUUGUCACCUCACCCAGCGAGUUGGUCAGGAUAUUUUUGCUCAAAGGCAGGUAAAGUGACAGAGCCUCUGAGUGACUCAGCUACGUGUGAACCUCACAUUGGCCUUUUUUCCCCCCAGAGCAGGGGAUCCCAACCCAGUCUUCAAGUACCCGCUAACAGUCCCGGUUUUAGGGAUUACCCAGUUGUGUCUAAAGUGUUGUUUUUUUUUUGUUUUUUUUUCUAAAAACACCUUAGACACAACUGGGUAAUCCCUAUAUCCUGGACUGUUAGUGGGUACUUGAGGACUCGGUUGGGAACCACUGCCCCAGGGGUUUACAAGCAUGUUCGGUACUGAAACGGUUAAAGCAAGCAGUUUUUACAAAUUAUGUGCAUACGCCGUAGAACCGGCUUGCUCUUUCAAUCACUGCUAAUUGUAGGUAAGGUGCCAAAUCAGUUAGAAUGUUUAAUCAUUGCAGGGGUGUUUGAAUGGUAGAUUUCCCCCAGCUGUUACAAAAAUAAAACUCCAAAGUUGCUUUACUAACUGUCAGGAUUGAAAAGCAUCAUGGUACUUGUAGUUCUGCAACAGCCAUGGAGCUCCUUCCAGCCCCCAUCCUACCCCCUAUUAUUUAAAGGGACAGCUCAUUUUAGAGAAUCCCAGGUGCAGAUUGUUGGUUCAUUACAUUCUGCUUACCGAUUGAACAGAAGGUUGUUAUUAUGUUGACAAAUGACCAGGCAAAUUGUAGGACAAGAUAGCCAAUAUGGAAAAAAAAACACUAGUCUGAGACGGUUCAUUUUUCCAUUUUUUAUGUUAUUUGAAUAGAUUCCUAGUUGAAUUAAUAGAGAACGGUCAGUGGUAUUGCCCCUUAAUACAUCUCAAUGCUAUAUGUUGGUGUUAUCUAAAGGUAUAAAUUAACAGUGGAUUUUUUUUUUCUCUCUGCUUGUUUUUUAAAUUAUAGAUUGACCCUUCGUACGAGAAGCAGGUGGUGGUCUACGAUCAAGGGAACCACGAGAUAUUAGCUGGUCACUUUGUGUCCUUGGUGGUGGGCAAACUGGAGAAGAAAUACAGCUCUGUGUCUUUACUCGAAGGUAUAUAUAAGGUUCUGCUUGUUUUAAACGAAAGGCCACGGAAGCCAUAUUUGUAUGAAUAUUUAUUGACAAAUUUUAGGGAUACAAAAUAGGAAAAGACAAAGCCUCGUUCGAACUUUAACCCCUUAAGGACACAUGACGGAAAUAUUCCGUCAUGAUUCCCUUUUAUUCUAGAAAUUGUGUCAUUAAGGGGUUAAUAAUCUGAAUCCCUAAAUAGUAAUCACGAGAUCAAAUAGUUUCAAACAUCGCAGAAAAAUCAUUUCAAUAAAACAUUUUGUAAUUCAUUUUAAAACUAUACUUGGGUAAAUGUAGAUCUGAAUGUUAUUAUGAAAGCAUUUCGGUUUAUGAAUUAUUAUAGGUUAAUGAUUGACAUAACUGUAUGCAGCUUUCUAUGCAGACUAACUUCUGAACUUUCCGACUGCUUAGUCAUAAAACCGUGCAGGAAGUCAAUUUGCAUAAAAUAGUCUUAUGAUCUACAAGGAAACACCAAUAUUUCCAAUUUGGAGCCUUUAACUAGUAAUAAUCGAAUUACUUUUAACAUAGUUUAAUAAUUUUCUAUAUUUCUAUAAUUCUAUUAUAACAUAUAAAGAUAUUUAUGGGUAGUGUCAAUAUAUUGACAGUUAUGAGUUAAUUGCUGACUGUAAGGUGCUGAGGGUAAUGAGAGUUAUGCUUAAGAGCAGCUAAAGCGCUAAAUUAGAGUUUGGAUACUUUUUUUUCUGCUGGAAACCUUGAUUGAGCUUUUAUAUACUAGGUUUAGAACAAUACCAUUAAUCAUAUUCUUUAAUUUCUCAGUUUAACACAGUAAAAUUUAAAUACUUUAACUCCAGCUGUUUGAAACUACAAAUCCCAAGAACCUUUGCCCGCACCAAAUCUAAGAAAAGGUUUGUGGCGGUUUUACUUUGCUAACAGCUGGGGGUCCAGUGUUCGAAGACUCCUUUUUACGUCAUACUGCUGAACUAUAAGUCUCAUCACUCUCAGCCUAAGACCUACGUGGAUUUUGAGUGAACCCAGGUUCAGCGUCUUUGUGUAUGGCUGAUUUAUCGUAUACUGCUACGCUAGCAUUGCGCAGUUCAUUGACAGAAAUGCUGGGAACGUUUUCAUUGAUUAUUUUUUUUUCUUCUCCUCUUUCAGUCUAAAAAUGUCUUGUUGAGUAAUUUUGUCUAUUUCCGAGUCAUAUCAGGUUUUAAACUAGUCAAUAGUCAUCAGAUGAAAUGCCUUACAGUAUUACACGUUGCGAUGCGUAAUUCAUGUGGUUGAGUGUUAGCUCAUCACUCCAGAGAAAGACUCAAUGGAGCUUUGAACUGUUCAUUAAAUAUUAAGCAUUUUUUUAAACAGAAUAAUAAAGAAAAUAAAACUCUUUCAUGCUUUGAUAUAUACAGACACACACGUGUAAUCUCUCUUAAGUUGCAAAAUAUUUCUUAUUCCUUAAACUUGUCUUAUUGCAGCUACUGUUGUUCAACUAUUGUACAGUGCUGGGGCAUAUGUUGGUGUCCAAACAUAAUAUUGUGUUUGAAGCCAAUCUCCUGUAAUGUGUAGUAAGAACAGGCACCAAUCCUCUUAUAAUUUGUCCCAGAAUGCAGUUUUUCUCUAACAUAUCAUCUAUUUUGGGUAACUUGCAGAAAUAGGGAGAGAAGUUUUGAGUUGAGUCGAACUCGCCCUUACCCCUUAAAUCUAAUCUACUGUCAUUCAAACAAAAGACUUGUUACAUUUAAAUAAUGUUUGCUCAAAAAAAAAGCAAACAAAAACUAAAAACAAAGGUGGCCCCUGGAAAUAGAUGCAAGCAUCUUCAUUUUGGGAAGCAAUCAGAGUUGUUUGUGGUCGGCCUCUUGCAUCCAUUUUUAGUGGCCAUCUUGGAGAAGACAUUUGCAAUGUUCAGGUAAGUAAAUCUUGUAAAUAAAAGGAAUGAGACAGCGCUAAAUAACUUAUUGCAGCAACCUUAAAAAGGGAAUCCCUCAAACCCUAUAAAACAAGAUAAAAUAAGAAGCUGACGAAAAUUCAAGGAAAGAAGAGAAAAGUUUCAGGGUAUAUUGGUUGGGGUGUCUUGGUUGGUGGAGCCUCUGCUGCUGGUUGUUUCACGGUUUAAAUAAAUAUCGCAAAAUAGACAGUAAAUAAUAGUAUAAAACUGUUCUUACCGGUGGGAUAUGUUAAAUGCAUAAUUUCGAAUAAAUGCCAAUAGUGUUGUCAGCGGCAGAUAAUAAUAAAUAAUAAAGAAAUUUCAUAAAGAAGAGCAGACCCACGUUUUGCGAUGUUGGGUGGAUAUCUCACGAUUUUGCGUUGAAUUUGGUGAAUUUUGUAGUUUUGUACCAUAAAAUACUAGGCUGUAAUAAUAGUAAGUUAAAGGAUAAAUUAUAAAAGAUAAUUGGCACAAGCAAAUGACCAAAAAUACUUUAAUAUAUAUAAAAAACACAAUAUUCAAAUAUCCAUAACGCGUUUCGUCACAAAAGGGACUUUAUCAAAUGGAUUAACUAAUAAUGAAUUAUUCUUGGUUAAUCCAUUUGAUAAAGUCCCUUUUGUGACGAAACGCGUUAUGGAUAUUUGAAUAUUGUGUUUUUUAUAUAUAUUAAAGUAUUUUUGGUCAUUUGCUUGUGCCAAUUAUCUUUUUUAUAGACACAUAUCCUUCUUUUUACCCUGGCCUUUUUAUUGUUAUUUUAAUUAUUUUUAAUGGUUUUAAAAAAACCUACAAAUUCCUGGAAGUUUCCUGUACCCAAAGAAAUCCGUAGGUGGGGAUCAAUCCACCCAAGCCAUCACUAAAGAGCAGUGGGUCUGCUCUUUCUUUGUAAGUACAUUUCUUUUAUUUUAUUAUUAUCUGCCAUACAGUGAGCACUAUUGGCUGUUUGUUUUAUUCCGAGAAUUGGAUACCAUUCACGGUGAGGAACCUGCUUUAUAUCCCACAAGCGGGGAUUAAACCGCUGUUCGCGCUUUACUCCAGAGCUGGACAUUAGCUCUGGUAAAUGUGAGUUUUAUACUAUUAUUUUUACGUCUAUACCUGUAUUUUACAUACUACACCAUUGGAUGUCCCUUUUUCCCUCUUUUUAUUUUUCAUAAACGAGUGAAACCACCACAUAAAUAGAAGAUCCCACCAACCAAGGACACCUGUAAGAAUAUACCAGUUGGACUUUCUCUCUUCUUUCCUUUUAUUGGACUCUAUUUUACGUGCGCAGCCUUUUAUUGUCUUUAAGUAAAUCUUGUAAUCUAUACAUUUGCUGGAGAUUUUGCUAGCACAAUGUAUAUAUGUGUAACCCUGUCUAACUGAUGCUUAUUUUGCCAUCAAAAUGUUUUGUCCCUUUAACUUUAUAUUGUUAUUUCUGUGCUUUCUCAAGAGUUACGUAGAACUAAUUAACCAGAUUAGAAUGUUUGAAGGAGACCAUACAGAUGAUGACAUUUUUUAAUUUCUCCCUUGCAUCCUUGUCUGUGCUUUUUAUUAGGUGGAUUUGCAGAAUUCUCAUCUCAAUUCCCAAAUCUAUGCGAGGGCCGGACGACUUCCAACAUUUUGCACACAAGCAUAUCUCAGCCAUGCCUCUCCUCUUCGACCGUCUCAGUCACCCGCAUCUUGCCGCACCUUUAUCUCGGCUCACAGAAUGAUGUCAUGAACCAGGUAUGAACCCAAAACAUGCUUAUCUCACUUAAGGGUUUCUAUACAUGUGUUCUUCUAAUUAUGUUUGGGAUGUUGUAGGAUAAGGAAUUGAGAAAAAAAAAACAACAAUAAUUUUUUUUUUAUUACCCUAAUAAAUUCACUUAUUAAAUAACUCAAUAUUUACUGGUUUACAUGUUUGUCUUGUAUUGCUUAAAUUGUUUGUCAGUGCUCCACCAGUCACUAUUUAAUAAUGCUGAUUAGCAGUUUAUUAGGAGUUGUUUUUACUCAUGUAAAAAAUAAAUAUAUAUAUAUAAUAUAAUAUGUGUGUGUGUGUGUGUGUAUGUAUAUGGAGGUGUGUAUAUAUAUAUAUAUAUAUAUAUAUAUAUAUAUAUAUAUAUAUAUAUAUAUAUAUAUAUAUAUAUAUAUAUAUAUAUAUAUAUAUAUAAUAUAUAAGGAAUUUGACCUUAUUCUAAAGUCAGAAGUGUACCGUGGCCUAUCCGUUCCUUUAGUGUGGACUGACAUUUCCCUGCAGACCUGAACGUAAAGUUGAACCUUUGCUUCAUUGGAAAAUUCUCUAAAAUUGUCCUCGUUGCAUUCCCGCAAGCCUUGCAGUAGACAUUUUAGUCUGGCUUCCAGUGCCUUUGUUUAAAUACCAUAAAUAAAGCACCAUGUGUCCUGCAGAAUGUGCGUCUGAUCACAUGUCCUUCUUGGAAUGGGGGCUGCUUAGUUAUGUAGCUUAGUUUCUGCAGAAUGUGCAGCAAUGCACAAAAAGCUCAUCAGAGCAACAAGUUUAGAUAUAGCCCUUUAUUGCAGUUUAACGUAACCUGCAGGCAGAUUUAAACAUCUGCUGGAAAAGUGUGUGUCUGAGUCUGACUCAACCUCACGUUGUUAUUAGUCAAUAAAAUCUAGAGAUCUAUAGGGUCCCUGCUAUCGACCUAGAAAAGAGUGUGUUAAUCCUCUUUUAAAGCACCUAAUUCACAUAUAGAUGGGCAUUUGUAUUCCAGUGUGCCAUUUUUUGUUUUAAAUUUUUAUUUUUUAAAAAAAAAAUCAGGUGUUCAAAUCUUGGCGUGAAGUAUCGACACUUAAACUGGUUACCUGUUUUCCAAAGCAGGGAAUGUAACUGUCACUUUUUAGUAGUUGAACCGUAUUUUUGGAAGUAAAAUCUGUUGGGUAUAAGGUAGUCUGUUUGAGGGACCUUAAGGAUCUUUCCGAAAGAAAAAACAAACAAAACCAGUAUAAAGCCUAAAAUCUGAUCAAAGCAAUGCCUGGUCUAAGUGUUUCGUGUCCCUGGGGAGCAGAUGUGAGUGACAGUCUUGACUUGCCCACUUACAUGGCUGUGACUCAGUGAUUGUCUCAGCAUGCCAAUGUGACCAGCUGGAGUGAGAUCACUGGGUGGGUUAAGAUUAGAUUAGAAGGUUAGGUUUAGUUUUGUGGUUAGAAAGAUGAAACUGCCAGGGAGAAUCAGGUGUGGUUUGGGAUGAGAGGGAUAAAAAAAACCUCCAGCAUUAACCACUUCACUGCCACGCGUUUUCAUGAGAGAGCUGAGUUUCUCUGUGCACUGUAUGGAGAACCCGUUCUAAUCUCAACGUUCCAUGUUCUAUUCUUGACUCUGUAGUUUGUCCUUCCCAAGGUCAAUACUAGGAAUGCCAUUAAAUUGGGUAAUACUAACCUCUCUUCAUAAUCUGCUAAUCUAAUUUGUUUUGAAUCCGACAGCAUUUUCUAAGAGCUUUGAGUCCCCUUUGAUAGACCAGAUCUGUAUAAAAAUAGAUUAUGAUUAUUAUUGGGACUUUGGGUGAGCAGUAAGCAUCUCUCGUUCCGGUUUUAAACUCCAACUACCACAAUUCUUAGCAAACCUUCCCUAGUUGGGGAUAAUGGACAAUAUAGUUAUAUAAUACUAGGAAACCUACUUCUAAAGCAGCGGAUAGCGCUCCAAAUGCUGCUGAAUGACAACUCUCAUGAAUCUCAGCCAGCUUAGGUCUGUUGUAGUUUAACAGCUGGAGAGCAACCCCAGUCCAUAUAAAUCUAGCAGUCUUGUAAAGUAUUGCUACAUUCGGUGAUUUAUUAAUUUUUUUGUUACUUAUCUUGUAACUGGUGACACCUUUAAAAUUAGCCUAAAAUGAAAAUCACCUACUCUGUGCCAUAUGUUAUUUGAGUGAGUCAUAACGAUAGAUUGUUCUGAUUCAUUCGUUUAAUAAAACGCACAUUCAUUUCCUGUAUCUUCUUGAAUCUCUUUGCAGGAGGUGAUUAACCAGAAUGGCAUCACUCAUGUGUUAAAUGUCAGUUACAGUUGUCCAAAGCCCCUCUUCAUUCCCGAUAACCAUUUCCUACGCAUCCCGGUUAAUGACAGCUACUGCGAGAAGAUCCUGCCAUGGCUCAGCGCAGCUGUUGAAUUCAUAGGUAUUUAUUUGUCACUUGCAUACUAGCUGGGUUCGUAACAGGUUAAUAAUAAUAAUGAUGAUUACAAUGAUGCCCUCUUCAAGCAGAAUAUUUUUAAGCGCCAAUCAAAUUUACCUUAAUGAAGCAGUUUUGGUGUAGAGAUCGUGCCUUCUGAAAUCUCACCGCUCAAUUCUGACAUUUAGGCGUUCAAUCACUUGGUUUAUGCAGCCCUAGUCACACCUUCCCUUUUUGCACAGUGUGUUUAAUUUAGAAUUUCACGUCACCUGCUCUGUUAAUACCCUUCUAGAGUCUGUAGAGGCCUACGGUGUGUGAUUAGAUUUCAAUUACCAAAGCAGGGGACAGAAACUUAAAAAGUAAACACACUGUGCUGUAUGUUCUGAUUGAAAAUGAAACCACAGCCAGGGGAGGUUUGGCUAGGACUUAGUAAACAUAAAUUAUUAUAUAUAAAUCCUAAAUUAAAGAUAAUUGAGCCGUGAGAUUGUAGGGGAAUGAUCUGUAAACCAAACCUGCUUCAUUAAGCCAAAUUUGUUUUGGUGCUUAGACACCAAAUGGAUGGAAGAGACAUUGAGAGGAUAUUAUUUAGCACCAAAACCACCGAGGACUCAGUUGUGGCCUUUCCUGACAAAAGGUCUGUUUCUAAGAUUUUUAGAGACAUCCUAGAGGCUUGUUCCAAAGAUGCUUUCUGCUGUGUGACAGAAACCCAGGCAAACAAAAGUAUCUUGUAUAUAUGGGUGUUAUUUUAUUUCUAAUUUAGUCAAUCCUAAUAUGUUGAAUACAUUGCAAUAUAAUUGUAUUUCAUGACAAUAAGCGGUUUAAGCCGCUAAACUCAAUAAGGGAACAUUCAGAUAACUGAAACUCUCUUUAAUAUAACAUCAUUUGGGUUAUUUUACAGAAAAGGUCGAGCUGGUUAACGGGAAGGUGUUAGUUCACUGUCUGGCUGGAAUCUCGCGAUCAGCAGCCGUCGCUAUUGCGUAUAUAAUGCGGUCAAUGGGGCUCUCUCUGGAUGAUGCUUACAGGUAAAAAAGCCUAUUGGGUGCAGAGUGUGAUCUAUGUGUUUUAAAUGUACAUUCUAAAAGUUACCAAGUUAAUGCAAAUUAUUUAAAAGGAGUCUGUGGAUGGCUACAGUUGUGGGCUACACGUGGCCGUAUAUGUUUUGUUAAAUUUUAAAAAGUAAAUGUAUCUUUGGAGGAGGAGUAUAUUUAAAAGCCUACUAGGAGAUGGCAAUUCAUCUUUUUGUACUUUUUCUUUAACUAUUUUUAUUAUUAAUAUUUUUAAUAUCAUUAAAUUCUGGUAUCCCAUGCAACUGUAAAUGACUUGUGCUUUUCUGUGCAUGGCUGUAAACGUAUGUAUAGGGAGGACGUCACGGUAAAAUGACGCACAUUGCUUUUGUGUGAUUAGUAUGUGUUGGGAAGAUGCCCGCGCCAAUCACACAGAAUUUGCAGAGCAAAUAACCAUCACAAUUUAGUAAAGAUGGUCAGUUCCGCAGCACUUGAUUGACCGGCUGUGAACAGCGUGCAUGUCUAUCUAGCCAUAAAAUCGGUUUUGUACUAGAACUGAAAGAGGGCAUGUGUAUAUAGUAUGCUCAAAAACAGUUGUUAAUAAUUACUUCUUAUAUACCUUGACAUUGAUCCUUUACACCAUUGUGUUAUUUAAACCUUCUCUUCUUCUACUUUCCCAAAUAGGUUCGUUAAAGAAAAGAGACCCACCAUUUCUCCCAACUUUAACUUCCUCGGGCAGCUCCUGGAGUAUGAAAUGAGUAUUGCAAAUUCUCAAUCAUCUGAAACCAAAAAAACAUCCCUCACUGUUAGUCCUGUGGAAAGGAAGAGCUUUGAUCACCCAACUGCUCACGAGCAGACAAGUGUGAACCAAACAUGCCAAAAUACCUGCAAUAGCAAUGCAAACUCACAGGAAGUAGAGGUAGCCAUUGAUGCCACCAAACUGGAUGAGAACAGUACGAAAGCAGAAUCUGGAGCUACUCUGGAGGGCAGGUUUACCUCCAUGGGAAUUUCUUCAGACCAGCGUCGGGAAAUUAGCAGUUUGAAACGCUCCUUCUCUCUGGACAUCAAAUCUGUGUACACGCCUCUGUCUUCUUCUAUUACAACGCACAAAAAUUUUUACCAACCCUCAGUGUCUCAGCUGGUGCCAUCCCAGUCAAUUUCUUCCAAGCCAAUGGGACUGUGGGAUCGCUUUAUAGGCUUUGGACUCAAUUUUCUGUACUACUAUUCAGAAGAUGAAGAUGCUCAGCCAAAGCUUGGCCAGGUGGAAAAGCCAAAUGAAAUCUCAGAAAAUAUCCCAGAAAACUUAAAAAAGCGCAGAGCAAACACAAAAAAGCUUGAUGAUGGACCUCAGCGACCAUUUACACUGAACAUUCCAAAUUGUAAAGGCCAAACACUCUUGAAGGAGAAGAACAUGGAAGUGGGCUCUAGAGUCCGAACUAUUUCUCCUUUACCUCUGUGAGGGAAACAUUAAGUUGUCUUCUCCAAAGCACCUCUUUCCAAUGGCUGUGCAUGGGAAAGAACAAUAGGGAUCUAUUCAAACAAAAGAUUUGUAGAACUUGUUGGUUUAUUACCCCAAAUCCUUUCUUUUCCGCAUGCUAAAGAUCCCAGACAGAGGCUUCAGUAGCAUGCUGAAGAAUAACUGUUUUAAAUGUUUCUUCAUAUUGAAUGAACAAAACUGGACAAUGACUUCUUUUGAUGGUGACAACUAGAAUUUGGUUUAGUUUAUAGUGACUUCAAUAUCACCAGUUGGUCAGGAUUAAAAGUCCACCGUCCUAUUUAUAAGGCUUUUGAAAAGCCUGAUGUUUGAUUCUCUUGUUUGCAAUUAAUGAUCUAGAACUUGUAAGAGGUGUCCAGGAAAUCGCAUUGAGGGUACGACUCUUUACUGCUUACCUGAGUCUCGAAGGUGGGAUCUGGAAGUUUCCUGAGUUCCCCUCAACUUUCUUUAUCAAUUAGUUCAUAAAAUGGUCACUGACCAGAGGAGCAGAUGGCUUUUAUGUACCCAGUAUAACUCCUGCUUUACCCAAUUUUUGUUUGGUUUGUUUAAAAAGAAACAAAAACAUGGAUCGAUGUGGCCUUCCUGCUAGAAGCAUCAACCCGUACCCAGUCCAAAGCAUGGAUUCUUGCAAUGAAUGGCCCACAUGAGUUCACCUUUAUGUAUUUGUAGAUUAAAGUUAAGAACAGUGGACAUUUAUUUUUCCUCUAGGUUCUAAGUGAAUUUUUUUUCCUAAAAGCCAAGAUGUGUCUGUGACAAUGCUUUUUACCCUUAUAUCUGUACUUUUUUUUUCUUUUUUUUUUUUUUGCUGUGAAAUUAUUUAAUUAUCUUCAUGCAUGUUCAGGGUUGUUUUCCCCCUGCAUACGGUUCCUUAUGUGACCCACCCCUCAGGAUAAAAAGGUCAUUUACUUUAAUGGUCCUUAUUAUAAGCAGGUGGCAAACUGACAUACUCUGACUUGUAUUUCAUUAUUUAUUUAUUACUGUGUUUUUAAUAUCCUCUUGCUUAUGUUUCAUUUUUGAAGCUGCUAUUUCUCCCCCCCCCCCCUGUAAUGAACCCUUUGAGAGACUGCACGUAGGGCUUUGUUUCCUGCUAAAAAGAGAUUUGCCCCGCAAGAUAAGGUGAUUGUGCGUGUUGCGUGGUCGAGGGUUAUUUAUUUAUUUAUUGAAACCGCAGGCUCUCUAUUUAAAGGGACACCACCACCAAUGAUACACCAAUUAUUAAAUGAUACAUUAUAUUAAAUUUCAUUACAAUUAAAGAUCCUGUGUCUAGUAUAUGUCCAACAAAGCUGAACUCUCUUUUAUAAUCAGGGAUGACAAUUAUAACUGAAUUGGCUUUGUAGAUACCCGUGUGUGCUCAAAUGGUCUAAUCAUAUAUUCUGAGAAAAAAAAUAAUUAAUUUUGAUUUAACACCAUUUUUUUUAAAGGAAGAAUACUUUUUCCACACUCACAGCUACAGCAGAUCAUUGAGUGUCCAAUGGUCACAGGUACCAAUGGCCAAAUUAUACAUUUCAACAAUUUAGUUUUGUGGGUAAUCUCAAUUUUAGACUGAUUGAAUAUUGUUGGACAAUCUAUAAUCCACUCUGUACUGUGCACUGCAUCUUCCAGAAUACAUACUGUUACUUAAUGUUCACUUUUUUGUGGGAAACAGAUGGCAAUUGACCCAAACAUGGCUACCAGGCAUACAAGGAGUAUAGUCUUAUAGAGUGAAGGAAUCAUUAUAGACAACUCACCGAUUCUAGCUGGGAAUAUGGAUAUCGUAAAUGUAUCUGAUUUCUUAAGGUGUUAACACUGAGGAUGUAGGUAAUUAGAAGACGUCCUCACUUGUUUUUCUCCUUGUGAUUAAAUUAUCGUACACAGAUAAAGUAGUCACUGGAUGUAAGAAUCUCUUCAUGACUCUAGUAUCUGCUCCAAUGUAAAGAAGGCUUAUGAACUAUAAAUUUCAGCUAUAAAAGGUAUAAAUGUCAUAGUUACAGUCUGGGAUUCUAAUCAGAUUAUUUACUAAGGUAGGAAUUGCCAGGAAUUCAAAGUAUAGUUAAAAUUUACGCUCCAAAUAGCUGGAGAAACAAAUUGACCGGAACAUUUUUUCGUGGUUGGAGAUUUUUGUCUAAAAUUUAAAAUUCACUUUGAAUUCCAGGCGAUUUCUCACUAUGGUGAAUAACUUUGUAUGACUGCAGAUUUAUGAAUGAAGCAAAAGCCAUUUUCUGCCUCCCCUCCCCUCCCCCCCUCAAGUACACAAGAAAGUUCCAAUUUCAUCCCAUAAAUUAAUAAUGUAGGUGUUCAAUACAUUUUCAGCCUCCACUCCAAUCACUGGCUCUGCAUUUGCUUAAUUUUCCCCUCCUAGACCAUUACGUACUUAAACCCUACUGCACAUACACUAAAAAUAAUACGUAGUCGUUGCUGUACAUUUAAACGAGGACUUUUCAUGCGGGAGAUAUAUUGUCUAUGUCUUCUAGGUCCUUAUAUUUGAUGUGAAUUUCUAACAUUAUAUUUUGGCUCUGUGAUGACAGUUCGGGACACUGACGCAUCGCUUGUCCCCCUUGUUCUGCAUUUUUACUUGCCAAAGUGGCACACGGGCUAAAAUACAGUAGCAGCUGAAAGUGGCUACCGUUACUGACUAAUUGACGAUUAAAAUUUUUAUCAAUUCCAAUGAAGAACCGAUAUAUACAAAGAGCACCCGAGUGCAAGCUACGUUUUAUUUGUUAAUUUCGUUUUUUUGUGUUAAUUUCCCCCUCUUUUCAUUAUUUCUAGUAACGCUUUAAAACUAACCAUCUUUUGUAAAGCAAUGGCAAAAGAAUGAAAAUUUCACAAUUAUGUACGUGAAAUAGAAAUCAAUGCACAAAUAAACCCCACAUGUUGAACAAGUUCAGUAAGUGAAGCAUUGAAAGCAGAGUCAUAAUAACCGGUAGGCGUAUCCCCCCGGCAAAUGUGUUUCUCAGUUCUAUUGUCCACAGCAAACAGUAAACGUGUAUGUAUGUAUAUAUAUGUAUGUGUAUGUGUAUGUGUAUGUGUAUGUGUGUGUGUGUGUGUGUGUGUGUGUGUAUAUAUAUAUAUAUAUAUAUAUAUAUAUAUAUAUAUAUGUGUGUAUAUAUAUAUAUAUAUAAUUUGUGGUCGGCAACAUAAAAGAAGUGAUUUUAAACUAGUAAUUAAGUCGGUUGUGGUGUGCCAAAACCAAUAUUCAGGUAGACCUGUAAAUAAAAAAAGGCCCCUCAAAGUAAAGAACGGUACGGCCCAGGAAACAGGGAGGAAAUGGGGUUAUAUAGGCCGCUAAACCCCUCUUACAAUUACAGGCCGUUGGCCUUUAAAACGUAUAUAUUUAUAUACAGACCUCUGUUACUGUGAAAUGUGUGGGCUAAGACAGUUUACUAAUUUACUAACAUGCCUCAAGUCCUGUGGAAAUACUCUCACUAUUGAUUGAUCCUCUGAUUAUAAAAAGGUUUAGUCUGGCUCUGAUUGGAAAUUUAAAUUGCAUUUGUCUGACACGAAUACUCAAAUAUUAUUAUUACUAUUAUUAUUAUUACAGAUUUUUCCAUUUUUAAUAUAUUAUCUUGUGAUAUUUGUUUUCCCUCUGUUUAUAUUUUCUCUAUGUGCAGGUACACAAUAGUUCUGAAUGAUUUUACCAGGUGAAUGUAUUGCUCCCUGUUACUUCUCUGGUUGACAAUAAUAAAUAUGUGAAUCUUUAUGGUUCCCCUCUACUGUUGCUUGUUU